UUUCAAAUCAUCAAGCACAAAGCUGCCAUGAGUUUUUUAAAUGCAAGUUUUGCCCAGAAUAUGUCUAUUGUUCGUCCAGAAUAUUUUUUCAUCACUGGACUUGAAGGUAUACCAUACAGGAGUUAUUACUAUAUAUUUUUGUGUGUCACAUAUUUUAUUGCUGUAAUUGGGAACUCUGCAGUCCUCCUCAUUAUUGCUCUGGAACGAAGUUUGCACAGUCCAAAAUACAUUAGUGUGUUUAACUUGGCCUUGGCUGACCUUGGUGAAACUAAUGCUUGGAUUCCUAACACAAUGAAGAUUUUUUUUUCUGACUCACAGUACAUGUCCUACAAUGCUUGCUUGGCUAACAUGUUUUUUGUGAACCUCUUUGUUACUCUGCAAAGUGCCACUCUUGUUGUUCUGGCAUUUGAUCGCUACAUUGCAAUUUGUUUGCCAUUAAGGUAUCAUGCCAUAGUGAAUAAUACUUUCAUGUCUUUAGUGUUUGUAAUAAUAUGGGCAUUUAACACUUCUCUGGUGGCCCUGGCAGCGUCUUUGAUGACACAACUUUCAUUCUGUAAAUCUAAUGUGGUAGAGAGUUAUUAUUGUGAUUAUGGAGCAGUGUUGGGGAUGGCAUGCAAUGACAACAGCAUUAAUAUGUUCUUAACAAACCUCAUCGUAUUUUUGUUCCUUGUAUCACCAUUGUUCAUUAUAGUCCUGUCAUAUAUGGGCAUUGUUUUUGCCUUAAGUAAAAUUACAACUUGGGAAGCACGUUUAAAAGCACUAAAGACAUGCGUAUCUCACCUUUUGCUGGUCGUCUCUUUCUUUCUUCCUGUCAUAUGCAUUUUUAUUGCUUCAUUAGUUACUUCUCUCACCCCCAAUGCCAGAGUCAUCAGUGGAUCUCUUUCAUUGUCUCUUCCACCAAUGUUAAAUCCCAUUAUUUAUGUUUUAAACACAGCUGAAAUCAGAGUCUUAAUUCAAAAACUGCUUAAAAACAGAAUUUUGCCAAUUAGAAAGAACUUUUCAAAACGAUGUUUCCUGUCUGUACGUGAUUAUGUGCUUUUCUUCUAUACCUUCGAUGCCUUUAUUGAGUGGGUGCUGGUGUGCUGUGAAUUGCCGCUGACAGUGGAUAUCACGGAUGACAACACCAGCCCAACUUCUAAACCACAGCCCAGCCAAACUCCACCCCAAUGUGUGGAGCUACAGCCAGAACCCACCACAGACGGACAGCCAGCAACUACUGUGACUGACGAGCCAUCGCUGAAAGGAGUGACAGAGCUGUGGAUCACGAGAUGUAUGAUCAGGUGCAUGAGCCGACAACGAAGUCUGCUGCUGAAAGUAUCACAGUAG